AUGGGCACGGCCUAAGUCUUUCCGGGCCUCUUCCGUAGACGAUGUCCAAGGAUGCAGUAUUGACCAUUCCAAACGUUUGGAAGCCUGAGCUGUAUAAAAUACAGCUCGACGCUCCGACUCCCAAGCCUGUACUAUGUGAGCGGGACGACAUUAUGGGACCCACCCGUUACGGCAAAGAGUACCACGGAACGAUGGACCACAAAGAGUGUGAACAGGUGCUGAAAGACAAACCGGACGGUAGCUACCUGAUACGACGUAGCCCCGGUGCAGACAACUACUACACACUCAGUCUACGGUUUGGGCAGGCAACGAAGCAUUUUAAGAUAUUUUACUCACCUGAAAAGGGUCACUAUCUGCGGGAGAACUUUAAAAAGUUUGAAACCAUCCAGGAGAUGGUAGCGGAUGGGUUGGUAGAUUUCUACAUGCGCUUGCACGCUGCCCCAAUUCUCAAGGAAAUGAUGAGUCAGACCAAGAAGUGCUACGAACAGAGUCCGUACAUGACACUGCAUCGGCGCAAGCUGCGGUCACUGUGUAGCGAGCUUUGCAAACCAACGAAACUGCCAAUAGUUCAAGAUAGUCUGGAGACGGCCGAUACCGAAAUAGCAGACGAUCGGGAUAGCGGUGAGAAGGAGGUGGAUCGGGGUGCGAAUGAAAAACCAGAUCCAUAUGACAACGCUUAUCCAGAGUACGAGAAGCAACAUGCGUUCAAAACGCAUACGUUCAAGGGUUUGAAUUGGUGCGAAUUUUGUGCCAAUUUCCUGUGGGGCUUCACUUCACAGGGAGUGAAAUGUGACGAUUGCGGUUUUAUGGCUCAUUUCAAGUGUUCCGAGCUGGUGCCGGCAAAGUGUAUACCAGACCUGAAACGACUACGCGGGAUAUUUGGCGUUGACUUAACCACACUGGUAACGGCACACAAGUGCCGCAUUCCGUUCAUCGUAAAAAAGUGUGUCGAAGAGGUGGAAAACCAUGGCAUGCUGCAGGAAGGUAUCUACCGGAUAUCGGGCUUUGCGGAUGAAAUAGAGGCGCUCAAAAUGGCACUGGACAAGGAUGGCGAGAAGGCGGACGUAUCCGGACAGGUGUACAGCAAUAUCAAUGUGAUUGCUGGUGUGCUGAAGCUUUACCUACGUCUGCUUCCUGUUCCAUUGAUAACGUUUCAAUCUUUCCCCUUGUUUAUGGAAUCAAUGCGAGAAAAGUCUAUCGGCGAACAAGUGAUAGCGUUACGGAAUGCUGUUAAAGCAUUGCCACCCGCUCAUCUGCACUGCCUAAAAUACAUUCUGGAGCAUUUGAACCGUAUCGCUUCCCAUCACACUAUCAACAAGAUGAAUGAACACAAUUUGGCUACGGUGUUUGCGCCGACACUGAUCGCCACACCGCAACACAUGACCGAUCUAUCCCAGGAGAUCGGUAUGCUGGCCGCCCUCAUCAGCCACUGUCAUGCGAUAUUUUUAUAAUGUAAGCCUACCGCUAGAGAGGUUGGGAGGAACCAAAAAUAAUCUUUC